AUGCCAGCAAUAACACCGCCCGCGUUGCUCAAUGGGGACGAUCCAGAAGAGCCUGCAAAGAAACGAAAGACUAUCAAGGCCGCCAUGGUCGGGGCACCUGCGGCACCUGCAUUGAACAGGCUAAACUCUCUAGAUUCUAUCUUUGCUGCCUCAGUAUUGGCGGCCAACUCAAUCCUGCGUUCCCUUUUUGGCGCUGUAUUCCCCCUCUUUACGACCUAUAUGUACAACGACCUUGGGAUUCAUUGGGCGAGUUCCAUUUCUGCCUUCUUGGCUGUUGCUUGUGUCCCGUUUCCGUUCCUAUUCCACAAAUACGCGAAAACUAUCCGUAUGAAGUGCGAGUACGCUGCAGAGGCUGCCGACGUCCUUCAAAGGAUGCGCACCAAGCACGGGAUGAUCACGGAGGAUCAGGCCGAGUUGGAGCGACGGGCGAGCAAUGCUCUUCGCCGCAGCUUAACAGAGCCUCGCACAAGCAAGUCUAUUCAAUGA